AUGGGUUCGUUUGGAAGAGAUGAGGUUUUCACUAAAGUUGAAGGACCAAUCAUUGUAGGAGGUGGACCAUCUGGUAUAGCAGUGGCUGCAUGCUUGAAACAUGAUGGCAUCCCUUCUCUUGUUCUUGAGAGAAAUGAUUGCAUAGCAUCUUUAUGGCAACACAAAGCCUAUGACUGUGUGAAACUCCAUAUCCCCAAAGAAUUAUGUGAGCUUCCAUUGUUAGGAUACCCUAAAAGCUACCCAAAAUACCCUACCAAAAGCCAGUUCAUUUCAUACAUAACAUCUUAUGCUGACCACUUUGGUAUCAAGCCACUUUUUAACCAGACGGUGGAGAGUGCUGGCUUUGAAGUUGAACGUGGGGUUUGGAGGGUGAAGACACAAGACGGUUGUUACGAAUCGCGGUGGCUGGUGGUGGCUUCAGGCGAGAAUGCUGAGCCGUUGGUGCCGAAGAUUCCGGGGAGUGAAGUGUUUGAGGGGACUCUUGUGCAUGCAAGUGAGUAUAAGAAUGGAGAUGAGUUUAGAGGGAAGAGGGUUGUGGUUAUUGGGUGUGGGAAUUCUGGCAUGGAGAUUAGCUUGGAUCUUUGUAACCAUGAUUCAAUUCCUUUUAUGGUGGUUCGAAAUUCUGUUCAUGUGGUGCCUAGAGAUAUGUUUGGAUUCUCAACAUUUGGACUAGCCAUGACACUUAUCAAAUGGCUACCUAUUAAGUUGGUAGACAAGGUGAUUUUGUCUAUAACCAACUACAUACUGGGAGACACUGAAAAAUUCGGUCUUCGACGGCCAAAAACCGGCCCGCUGGAGAUGAAAAUGACCACCGGAAGAUCACCGGUUCUUGAUGUUGGAACGUUGUCGAAAGUCAAAACUGGUAACAUCAAGGUAGUUGAACAGGGAGUGAGGGAAAUAACUAAAAAUGGAGUCGUGUUCAUGGAUGGGCAAGAGCUUGAGUGUGAUUGCAUAGUGUUAGCAACUGGUUACAAGAGCAAUGUCACUUCUUGGCUCAAGGGAAGUGACUUCUUUACAGAUGAUGGAAUGCCAAAAACCUCGUUUCCUAAUAACUGGAAAUGUGAAAAUGGAUUAUACACAGCAGGCUUUACGAGACGAGGAAUCCUUGGGGUUGCAUGUGAUGCUGUUAAAGUUGCAAAUGACAUUGCCAAUCAGUGGUGGGGAAUGAGCCAAGUUCUACCAUAA